AUGGACAACAUAGUUCUCCCCAAAGGAUGGAGUGAUUGGGGUGACCAAAAGCGUGACUCGAGGGUAUAUUAUGGAGAAUACAUGUGUAGUGGACCAGGAGCUAACUUGGCUGGAAGAGUGCCAUGGGCACGGGUGCUUACGGAUGAAGAGGCCAAGCCUUUCAUUGGGACCCAGUUCAUUGAAGGGGACACUUGGCUCAUUAGUCCCUAA